GUGCAGGCAUUUUCCUUUUGCUUUCUUCGUUCUCCCACCGUAGACGGCAAGAACCCUAACUACAGAGUGAACUCAGAUCAAAACCCAAAAGUUGAAAUCUUCGUUGAAUGAGGUUUUGCCUAUGUACAUUUAUGUGGUCUCUCUAGUCCGAGUGGGAAUAAAGGCUUGCUUGGAGAACUGAAUGACCUGUUUAACUUGGCUGAAAAUUUGAGAAGAACUACUCUGUUGUCCUGCAUUACUCGUUUCUUGUUCUAAUGGAUGGGGAUAAUGGCCUUGACAUCCGAAAUUGGGGUUACUAUGAACCCACAACUUCCUUUAAGAAUCAUCUCGGACUCCAGCUUAUGUCUUCCAUGCCUGAAAAACCCAUGCUUGGAGGGCGCAAUGCUGCAGUUUUGUCCGGAAACAAUGUGGCAUUUCACCAUAGGACCAUUGGGUUGCCACAAGCAACUUACCCUAUGGACUACAUGAGGGAAGCUUGGAUUAGUCAAAGAGAGAAGUUUUUGAACAUGAUUCCAACAAACCCGGCAAACUAUGCGGUUCUUCCAGAGACAUCUUCAGCCCAUCACAUGCAGUUGGCUCAACCUCCUGACUUGACGAAGGAAGAAAGACCGGUGGAAGAGGCACCUGUUGAGAAGACUAAUGGCACUAGUAAGAAAAGGCAGGGUCCCAAGGUACCCAAAUCUCCCAAGGCAAAGAAGCCCAAGAGAGGACCUCGUACGCCGAAGGAUGAGAAUAAUCUUUCUGUUCAACGAGCAAGGUCUGCAAAGAAAACUACUGAAAUCGUAAUAAAUGGGAUUGAUAUGGAUAUCUCGAGUAUUCCUAUUCCAGUUUGUUCAUGCACUGGGACGCCUCAACAGUGUUACAGAUGGGGUUCUGGUGGGUGGCAAUCUGCUUGUUGCACAACAAAUAUGUCAAUGUAUCCAUUGCCUAUGAGUACAAAGCGGCGGGGUGCUAGGAUAGCUGGGAGGAAAAUGAGUAUAGGAGCAUUUAAGAAAGUCUUAGAGAAGCUUGCAGCUGAGGGUUAUAACUUCUCUAAUCCAAUCGAUUUGAGGACUUAUUGGGCAAAACAUGGCACUAACAAGUUUGUCACUAUCAGGUAGAGUCGUAGAUGUAUGCUAUGGCAUAUGUGGCCUCUUAUUCCAGUCAGCCUGUUGAUCAUGUAUAUAUUUGUAUUCGGCUUGAGAUGGAGGCAUUUUAGAUUAUUUGUAGUACAAGAAUUUCCAAAGUCAUGCUACAUUUUAUUUUCAUUUUAAAUUUUUAAUAUCUUGUUUUGUUUAGUUCUUUUGGAUUUAAUUCAUGGGAAUUCAAUCUUGUGGCUGUUGGUCCU